AGGCUGAAGCAGCGACAGAGCCCAGGCUUGAGGGUAUGUAGAGUACGGGGGCGGGUUAACAGGUGGAAGGGAGGCCAAAACGGUACCUGUCCGGUGGUGGGUGAGGGCCGGGUGGCAGCGAAGGGCGGCCCUCUCCGCGCUGGAGGAACACCUGUUGAGCACAUCGAAACCGAGCGCUGGCUGGGGCUGGGGCCUCCUCCGGGUUACUUUGGAACAAAGUACGUGUAUCGCAGUGGCUUUAAAAUGAAUGUGUUGCCUCAAGACAUCCUACAAAGCCCAGGAGAGCAUCCCAGGUUCAUAGAGCAGACUGUUUGCCCCUCAUUAGACUUUGCAAGGAUUCAUUUGAUCAAAGACAAAGAUGGCAUAGAUGAUUAUUUGGCGAAGAAUAUCAAAGGGUUGUCAAAACAAGAAGCUGCUGCUAACAGGAAUUCAUACAAGAAGAACAUCUGCAUAGACAUGCUGCGACAGGGUUAUCACGAGUCCUUCUCUGAGCUCUUCACUCUGAUACAGAAGUGGAAUGCCUUGAGGGAGGCUGCAGGGCCUGGGUCAGCCAUAUGGCAGCAGAAGUCCCUGGAGGAGCAGCCUGAUAAGCUGGAUCAGCUUUACCACUUCCUGACCAGGGCUGAGGGGGCCCAGCGUGCAGGGCGCUAUGAGGAAGUAUACGACAACCAACUUAACUUGGCCUACGGUUUCAAUGACCCUGAGGAAAAAUGGUUAAGUAAUUACUUCUAUGAGCAAUGCUUCAACACUGCUCAACGAAUAAAAAUUGAUGGUGGGAAAAGAGAGGCACAAGCACAUGCACAUAUGGGCCUCAUAAAUGAAGAGCAAGGUCAUGUUGUGAUAGCUGCUGAACAUUAUGAAGCAUUUUAUCAGCUAGCACAAGGUUCGACGUGGAAGGAUGAGACAGGCCGUACUUACAGUGCACUGGCAUGUGAGCAUCUCUGGAGAAUUUAUACAUUACUAGCAGACAAAAUGCUAGUAAAUAAAGAACACCAACAGGCCAUCAAAACACUAAUAAAAGCUUUAAAAAUGGCAAAAGAAGGAGGCAAUAUGAAGAUGGAGGGAGAAGCUGCAUAUUGCUUAAGUUUAGCUUAUAAUUUUGCUGGAGAACAGCAAACGGCAUUAUCGAUUUUGAACACCUCUGUAAAAAUCUUCACAUCACUUUGUGAUUCUGCUGGCCUAGGCAGAGCAUAUGCAGCUAUAGCCAAGAUCCUAGUAAGUCAGGGAAAAGCAAAUGAAACUAUUAAGUACUUGGAAGAGUUUAAGAAGGCUGCUGAGAAGGCUCAUCUAAGCCAAAGCCUGGCUGACUCAUGCAUAUUGCUUGGGAAUACUUACAAUGAAACAGGCAACUACAAUGAAGCUUUUGAAUCCUUCAGUCAGGCUUUCAAGACAGCAAAAACUUUAAACCAUUUGCCCUUAGUGGAUGAAAUAAAGACUUACUGUGGCAUUACAAAGGCUCAUAAACUGAUGGUGGCAUUUAACAGCCAUACAGAAGCAGAAGAUCCCGUCAGCCUCAGGUACCUGCUGGCAUGGAAGGAGAACAGAAGUGACAUGUGCACUGACCCUCUUACAGUUG